CAAUUUAGCAGGCCCAGAUCCAAUGCAAAUAUUCCAUGAUUCCAUUUUAGAGCUUUGGAUAUUCCGACUUCAGUCCAAGCCCAAAUACGAACCCAAAAGCCCAAACGAUUUGACGCGGGUACCAUACCAAAACCAAACCUUCUUAUCCUCAACAUUCUGAGGACACUACAGACACCACAGCUGCUCUCUCUCUGCUCUUGGUCUGGCAUCCAUCGCCGCCGGCCGCGCGAAGAUGUGGCUCCUGUCAUCGGCCGUCGCGCCCGGAAGCUCAAGCUUCCGAUUCCCAAAGGCAGAAAUGGAAGGGGAUAGUAAUAUACUGAUCACCAGCUUUGCUCCUCCGGUAGUCGCUGCAAUCCUCGCUUUAUCUCCCCUCGCGCCCGUUUCCCCCGUGUCGGCAGCAGCAAUGAGUGGUGCGGAAAUACAGAGAGGGGCCACGUUGUUCCGACGGAGUUGCAUCGGGUGUCACGACGGCGGCGGGAACAUCAUUAAAUCGGUGAGCGAGUGCAGUCAAAAUUGCAGCAAUGAGUUAUGCGUUAACUUUAACUACGUAACAAAUGGAGUAGAAACUGAAGACGCCAUCUACCAAAUUACCUACUUCGGCAAAGCAAGAAUGCCGGGAUUUGGGGAGACUUGCAGUCCAAGAGGUCAGUGCACGUUUGGACCACGGCUGAAGGAUGAAGAGAUCAAGAUGUUGGCAGAGUUCGUCAAGGCACAGGCUGAUCAAGGCUGGGCUAACAACAUCCCUCUAACCGACGACGAUUGAGUUCGUCGUAUCCGUUAAAUUGUGUACUAAGUGAUGAUUAAGCAGAUAGCAAAUUGGUCAUGGUAUUAUUAUUACAGUCUCUAUUAGAAACAACUAGUUUGAAUAUUAUUGAUCAAUCCGAUCAAAAGGCCUCAUCAUAUAAAAAGGAACUCUACAUUUUCUUUUACUGCCCAACAUGAAUAACUCUUUUCCCCCUCUUCACUUUUUACACAAACGAAAGAACAGAAACUACCAACUAUGAAAUUAGUUUGGCGCUCAAAAUGAACAACUACUUCUGCUACCUUACCUAUCUAUCCCUACCUUUAUCCCUUCCAUGGGUUGAUGAUCCACUUCUGCUCCCCAUUAUUUUCUUCCUGUCCAACUUGCUUCCUUCUUUCCCUUUCUCUACCUCUUCUUCUAUUUCCCCUCUCACCAAGAUAUUUCUCUCAUCUUCCACCUUCCCCUUCCUACUAUCUGGUCUUUUCACCCUCUCGUGCUUAUUACUCCUUAUGCUACUGCUCUCUGGUGUUGAACUCUUCAAUUGUAGCUUACUACUCAAAUCUUCAGCAGCAGCAGCCAUUGCUGGUGGUGCCGGCUGCUUCCCGUUAAAGGAAAGUUCCUGAGACAACAUUCUGCUGUUCGAACCACCACCACCACCACCACCACCUUUGAUCUCCUGCUCAAAGAAGAGAACUUGAACGACAGUUCUUAGUGGCAGCCUCUCGUUCUUGACAGCGUGGGCUCGAACUUCUGGUGACAGUUUCUGACAGUCUAACGUCCUGCAGAGUCUCUUCCUAUCUGCCUUGCUCAAAUCAGGAUGCUCCUUCAAAUAGUUGUUGAUGGCCUUGUAAAGCUCGUCGUGGUUUCUUCUUGCAACAUCCGGUAGAGCUUCAGCAAGAGAAACAAACUUUGACACGGGCAUGUCAGGAUCUUUGGCCACCACUUGAAGGUAAGAAUGAAUGAGCUUUCCGAUCCUCCGAAUUGAUGCCACAACCUGACUCUCUUCCACAGAAGCUUCCUGCGACACACGUCUCCAAACCACCAAGAAACUCUCAAGCACAGCUGCAACUGAGUCAAUAUCAUAAACCUGCUGACCCAAAUGUGAAGGGAACAAUAUGUCACUCAAAGUUGCCUCCUCAAGUUGCACGCUUGAUCUCCUUAUGAGCUCUGCCUUCGUAGCAGGAGACGUGGCCAGGUAAUUUGCAGUGUUAAGAAGUCUGAGAAGAAAGCCAAUGGAUACCGAGCCCCUGUCCACAGGGAUCAUGCUCACGAUGGUUUCAAGGACUCUUCUCUGACUUUCCUUGUCUGACACUACUUCUCCGGGCUCCGAGCUUUCCGAGGGGCGAAUUUUUGUGGUGUCUGGAAGCCAACGAGAGGCGUACACAUGUAAUGCUUCUCCAAUGAGCUGAGGUGGCAGCAGGUACGUUGAUUUCAGGGCUGUGAUGAUGCAUCUGAAGAGGUCUAUGUCGAGGUCUGAUAUGUCUUCUGUCCACCAAUCUUUUGGGACGGAAUGCUCGUGCUUGUUGAACCCUGGUCUUGUGUAAGUAUAUGACCAUCUGACCUGCAAUGUUUUGGUCACCAAAUAGCAGUAAGCCAAUAGGGCAAAAGUUAUUGAAGGUGUUAUGGCUGUAUGGUCACUAAAACAAUAAGAAGAAAGGGAGAUGAUGGGAUGGAAACCUGCCAGAACCAACCUUAGCAGGAGGCGUGAGGAUUUUAUCAACAAUGGAGUCGAUGCAUCUCCUGAUGAUCCCCAGAUUCUCAGACCAUUCAUUCAGCUUCACCGUAGUCUGGAGAGCUGUGAUAGAGUCCUUCCAACCUUCAAGGAUACACGAGUUGAAGAAAGCCUCGAGCUUAAGCACAAAACUGCCUUGAUCAACCGAUUCUGUCAUCCGAAGGAACUUAGCAGCACAGAAUGCCGGCACAAAGUUGUGGGCACUGAGACUGAUCGUUAUUCCAUAGCAGUACUUGGCACAAAGCUCGAAUGCUUCUUCCCCUCCAGGAAUGUCGUGGAGCUCCAUUGUGACAGUGGUGGAUUCAGGAGUAUCAGAAUAGAGCCUUUGUAAGAGCCCACAUCUUGGAAGGAGUGCAAACUGCAGCUAAGAACAGC